AUGUAUGCCAUGAUCCGUGUGAUUGAAUGUGGUUCUUUAAAAAUGCCACCAAGAGAAGAAUUUCCAUCGGGUAGAAAAGAAGGUGCUCCAAGUGAUGAUAUUGGUUGGCAUUUUGCAGACCCAGUACCUAGUAAAGGUAGAAACUGUGUUGCUUGUAAACUAUGUGGCAAAGUGAUUUCUAAUGGAAUUACACGAUUAAAAGAACAUAUUGCACAUGUGCCAGGAGAAGUUAAGGGUUGUGCAAGGGUGGACAGUUUUGUGAGAGAGAGUGGAGGCAUGUCAAGUGUAGGUGGUAGAGGAGCUCCCCAUCAACGUCAAGAAAGUGAUCUUGAACAUAGAUUGAGGUCAGUAGAUGUUGAUUUGACUAGGAGUAAAAGUAUGAAGCAGCCAAAAAUUAAAGGAGGAGGAGUGUUGAAAACAUUGAGAAAAAAGUUAGGGGAAGCAGUGUCUAAGUUGAUAAUAUAUGAGCGUCUUCCUAUGAACCUCUCCAAUUCUCCAUGGCUACACAAUUUGUUGACGGCGGCAGCUGACUUAGGACCAGGUAUUAAAUACCCUACUCCUUAUGAGAUUUCUUCGGUGUAUUUGGAAAAUGAAUUUAAAUGCAUGAAAUCAUGGAUAAAUGAAUUGAAACCAACAUGGAAGGAAAGAGGGGUAACUAUCAUGUGUGAUGGCUGGACAAAUGGUAUAAAUCACAUGCAUAUCAUGAACUUUUUAGUGUAUUGUAGCAAGGGCACUGUGUUCUUAAAGUCUAUUGAUGCCUCUAGCGUUGCUAGUAGAAACACUGAAUAUUACUUUAGUCUACUUGACAAAGUUGUGGAAGAGGUAGGGGAAGAAAAUGUUGUUCAAGUAGUCACUGAUAAUGAGAAAGCGUUAAAAGCCGCUGGUUUGAAAUUGAUGGAAAAAAGACCUCAUCUUUUUUGGUCCGCAUGUGCAGCUCAUUGCUUAGAUUUGUGCUUGGAAGACAUUGGUAAAAAGUCAAAUGUUCAAAAAGUCCUUGAUGAUGCAAAGAAGGUUACUUUGUUCAUCUAUAACCAUAUUUGGACAGUGAGUCUCAUGAAGAAGUAUACACGUGGCAGGGAAAUUAUUCGUCCAGCAAUCACUCGCUUUGCAACACAAUUUAUGCAGGUUGAGUCAAUUGUGGCGCAGAAACAAGCUUUGAAAAAUAUGUUUGAUUCCAAUGAAUUUAAUGAUUCUAAGUGGGGAAAGGAGAAAUCAGGGCCUGCAUUUGAAGCCAAACAGAUUGUCAAGAGUGAUAGCUUUUGGAGUAAGGCUGCGGAUAUAAUGAAGGUAUUUGAGCCAAUUGUCAAGGUGCUGAAAUUGGUGGAUGGUGAUGAAAAACCAACUAUGGGCUUUGUUUAUGAAGCAAUUGAUAGAGCUAAACUAGCAAUUGAAAAGAAUUGCCGCUAUCACUCCCAUUAUACUGACAUUGUUGAUAAAAGAUGGCACUUCAUGCAUUCUGAUUUACAUUCAGCAGGUUAUUUUCUCAAUCCCCAAUUUCAAUUUGGCGUUGUGCAUGGAAGUGAUGUAGCUAAGGAAACCAUGGAUGGAACAACAAAAAUGAUAAGCAGAAUAGAACCAAACAUUGAUAACCAAAUAAAAGCUAUCAAUCAGUUGUUACUUUUUCGGGAUAAGCAAGAGACAUUUGGAACUUUACAAGCUCAAAGAGCUUGGUGUCAAAUGAAUCCUGCUGAAUGGUGGAUGGUAUAUGGAUCUUGUGCUCAUGAGCUUCAAACUAUAGCUAUAAAAGUUCUCAGUCAAACAACUUCAGCUUCAAAUUGUGAGAGAAAUUGGAGUACUUUUAGUUAUAUACAUACAAAGACAAGAAACAGGUUGAAGUAUCAGAGAUUGCAAAAGCUUGUCUUUACAUUUUACAACAUGAAGUUGAAGAUGAGACAUACUAUGAGAAGAAGUCAAGAAGAGAUUGAAAGAAGUUUCAAUCCCAUUAAUCUUGAUUAUAUAUUUCAAGAAGAAGAUCAUUUGGCUCCAUGGCUUGAGGAGAGAGAAGGUCCAUUGUUGGAUGGGAUGCAAAACGAAGAAUGGCUCCCUAUUGAUUCUGAUGAUGAUAAUGAAGAAGCGCAACCUGGAGAGAAAUCUGAUUCAAGUCAACCACCAACUCAAGGCGAUGAAGGUGGUUUAAGUCCACCAAGUGGAAACAGUGGGAGUGGGAGUGGUAGUGGUGGUGGUGAUGCUUCUGAUAGUGUGAUUGGUGGUAGUAGCCGUAGAGGUAGAGCCAAACAUGGGAAAAAUAAAAGAAGUGAAAAUGUUGCAUUGGAUGAUUCUUCCUCAUCUAGUGUAGCACAAUCUUCUACUGAUUUUUGUAAGACCUGGAUUUUCAGAACAAGCUAG